ACCGUUUAGACGCUCUCAACAAACUCGGAAUGAUGCUGCUGCUAUGGCUCACCAUUCUAGGCUGUGCUAUUAACAAUGCUGCUGCUCAAAGCGGCAACGUCAGGUGUGAGGCAAAGUCCAGCAAGGAGAGUGGUCUUUGCAUACCCAUACGAGAGUGCCCAUAUUUCUUCGAUAUACUCAAUGGCGGCCAGCCUACGCCAGCGCAGCGUCAGCAGCUCGCCGACAGUCAAUGUGGCGUGGUCAAUGAGCGUCAGGCACUGGUGGAGCGCAUACUUAUCUGCUGUCCGGAUAGCAAGCGCAGUAUCCAAGGCACGCCAGCUCGUAGUGCCGAGGCGCAGACAGAGGCGGGCAACGUGCUGCCCAGCAGCAACGGCAGCUGCGGUUGGGUCUUUGCCGAUCGCAUUUAUGGCGGCACAGCGACAAAGCUAGAUGAAUUUCCAUGGAUGGCGCUGCUGCAGUACAAGAAGCCUAAUAAUAAGUUUGGCUUUCAUUGCGGCGGCGCUUUGAUCAAUUCGCGCUAUGUGCUGACUGCUGGCCACUGCUUGGCCAACAGCCAAGUGAGCCAACUGGGCUGGCAGCUGAACAGCGUGCGCUUGGGCGAGUGGAACACUAGCACAGCGCCGGACUGUGUCACCGAGCUGGGCAGCGGCAAACGCACCUGUGCUCCUGCGCACCUGGACAUUGAAGUGGAGCAGCGUAUUAUACACGAGCUCUAUGUGGCCGACUCCAGAGAUCGUUUGCACGACAUUGCGCUGUUGCGUUUAAAGCGCACGGUCAGCUAUACGGAUUAUGUGCAUCCCAUUUGCUUGCCCUUGGCGAAUGAUAUGCGCAAUAGGGACUAUGAAGGCUAUGCUAUGGAUAUAGCUGGCUGGGGGGUAACCGAAAAUGGCACACCCAGCAGCGUCAAGCUUACAACAACAGUUGAUGUUUGGGAGUUGGAGCGCUGCCAGCAAAAGUAUCGCGCAUAUCCGAUUAAUCUCAACAGCUCCCAGAUGUGCGCUGGCGGCAAUGGCAAGAUGGACACCUGUCAGGGCGACUCUGGCGGACCGCUAAUGCUGCGUACACAUGAGGGCAUGCAGGAGAUUUACUUUGCUGUUGGCGUUACCUCGUUUGGGCCAAAUCCCUGUGGCCAGCAGGACUGGCCAGGUGUCUAUACACGCGUUGGAUAUUUUAUAAAUUGGAUACAGCAAAAACUGCAGCCAUAAGCACUAAUAAAUAAUUAAACUGUACGCAACUGACUGUCAUAUACACUUUGUAAGCUUCUAGCCUACAGUAAAUUAAAAAGUUUAAUGGCAAAUC